GCUGGUGUCCUUGCCUGGACUUCUAAAUUCUAUAACCUUGACUUUUUCCCGUUUUUCCUUCCCAUGGUAGCGGGAGGAGGUACCAUUUUUCAGUUUUAAGAUAUGUUUAAGGGUCUGGUCGGCCUGGUGACGGGCGGCGCGUCCGGCCUGGGCCGCGCCACCGUCGAGCGGCUGGUGCGCGAGGGCAGUCGGGUGGUAAUCUGUGACCUGCCCGGAUCGGCCGGCGCCGACCUGGCCGCCGGCCUCGGAGACAACGCCGUCUUCGUCCCCACCGACGUGGUGUCGGAAAAUGACGUUCAGACAGCCGUCAGCACCGCCAAGGAUAGGUUUGGCAAACUGGACGUCACCGUCAACUGCGCUGGCAUCGGCGUUGCUUUCAAGACAUACAACUUUAAGAAGAAUCAGCCACAUCUACUAGAGGACUUCACCAAAGUAUUGAUGGUGAACGCGGUGGGCACCUUCAACGUGAUCCGUCUGGCGGUCGGUGUGAUGGGCGCCAACGCGGCCGACGAGGCGGACGGCCAGCGCGGCGUCAUCAUCAACACGGCCUCGGUGGCCGCCUUCGACGGCCAGAUCGGCCAGGCCGCCUACUCGGCCAGCAAGGGCGCCAUCGUCGGCAUGACGCUGCCCAUCGCGCGCGACCUGGCGCCACAGGGCAUCCGCGUGGUCACCAUCGCGCCAGGUCUGUUCCUGACGCCGCUGCUCGAGGGCCUGCCGCCGAAGGUGCAGACAGCGCUGGCGCAGACGGUGCCCUUCCCGAAGCGGCUCGGCCGGCCCGAGGAGUACGCCCAGAUGGUCUGCAGCAUCAUCGAGAACCGCAUGCUGAACGCCGAGGUCAUCCGGCUCGACGGCGGCAUCCGGAUGCAGGCCUGAGGCGCGCCGGAUAUAGGAGACGACGUAACGGGCUAUGCCGGCCUCGGAAGGACAGAACUAGGUAUCGUUCCUUGGGCUGGGAUAUUCAGUGUGAGUGUCGACGAUGUUAGAGGGAGGCGCCACUGAUCAGGGAUCGCCACUGCCAGUGAGCUACCCAUCGUCUUUGGUAAAAAUGACGUCAUGCCUUGCGGUUACAAUGCUCAUAUUCUGGGACAUUUUGACGUGUUUUGGUGACACUCUGGCCGCUAGAUUCCGUGUUUGCUGUUGUGGCCGAGAUAAAGUGAAACAAUUCGUGUGGUGCUCGGUUUUCGUGUACUCAUUUUGACUGAAAAUAGGUGAACAACAUGUGCAAUAUACAAACCUUGCUA